ACUGUAUCGUCACCGCUGUCCUCGGAGGCUCUUGUGUCUGCUGUCCCACCGAAACAGUGCUUGUUCCGUAGCUCCAUUUCACGGCCAUCCUCAAGCCCUUGUAGGCCGCGUAAACUUAUGGCUGAAUGUCAUUGGAUCAUUGGCCUCUCUCUUCUCUCUCAUUAUCGUUACAAACCUGCUACACGAUAUCACAUAUCUUUAGGUCGAUAUCUUUGGGUGAGGCUUUCCUUUUCAUACCACCCUUCGAACGACACCCUUUCUCUAUGGCAUUCUAACAGACACGAGUCGGCAUUCAACAUCUGCAACUUGGCACAUUUGGUACCUUUGGUGGCUAUACCCUUUCUCUCGGCCCCUUCGACCUGCUCAGCUAACUGUCUGCUUCACACCAGGCCUGCCUGCGUGUGUGUGUCUGUGUGCCUCGGAGGCUACCAUCGCAACCUUCUGGCUAUACGUGUGAGUGCUUAUGAUUGCGACUUGGUCACCCGCUCAGAUGCAGCGAAUUGUCUGGUUAAUCUGAUAACUAGCCACUGGGUGGCCACGUUUAUUGGCCGUAGCUUGAUUCGACUCUCUGUUCGCCUCACUCCUAAGCCCGACGACUAUCGAGGCUAUAAUUUGCCUCUCGACCUGUUUCCUCAUUAA